CAGGGAGAUAAAGGCGCACAGACACCCAAGACUCUCACAUGCCGUAGAGAGCAGGGGAGACCCACACAGAGACAGAAGACUGCCAGGAACAGCGAUCCACAAACAGAUAACUCUGGAAGACUUUUGAAACCAAAAACUCUAUUUGAUGCUCAAUUAUUAGAAGCCAGAGAAGAGGACUGUUUGUCAUCCAUUGAGCUUUUUCGACAGCAGUGGACUGAGCACACCCCCAGACCAGAGCGACCAGAGGUCAGGCCAUGAGAAUGAAGGGUUGAAGUUCGACUGAAUCAGCCGUACUGUGCCCCAUACUGGAUACUUUCGCUUGCUGAGUUCACCUGUGUUCUCCUGGACGUUUCGUCCCCCAUUCUGCUCAUCGAAGUGCACUCCUGUCCGGACCAUGAACGUCCUACCUACCUCCAUGGUCAGGCAUCAUCAGGAUCAGACUCUGCCCCUCUGUUCACCAGGUCCCCACCUCCAGGACUUCUCCAGGUGUCCCCCAGGGCUGGGUGCUGGUCACGGAACCAGAAUAGGGGCGAUGGGGGGUCUCCUGGUGCCCCAGAGACCAGGCAAGCCCGCCAGGGAGCUGAGCCUGGAGGAGCAGCAGGAGCUGAGGAGGAAGAUCAACAGUAGAGAGCGGAAGAGGAUGCAGGACCUGAACGUUGCCAUGGAUGCCCUGAGGGAGGUGAUGGUUCCAUAUGCCUCCUCCUCUCCGUCGUCCUCCUCGUCCCCCCCACAAGGGCCACACUCCCACCAGCCAGGGGCACCUCCCGGACGUCGGCUCUCCAAGAUAUCCACCCUGGUGCUGGCCCGCAACUACAUCCUGCUCCUGGGCUCGUCCCUGCAGGAGAUGCGGCGGCUUCUUGGGGAGGUGAGCGUGGGGGUUGGCGUGAACACGGGGCCUGUCCCAAGGCUGCUCCUGACCGGGGGCUGGCCACUCCUCACGGGCCCCAGCCAGCUGCUCCUCUCCCCUGAGUCCAUCCUCGCCUCUGCCUCCUCCAAGUGUCCACUGCUGCCCCCGAGCCACCUGGAUGGCCCCGUCGCCCCGGUACAGUGGGGCUCAGCUGGGGCUGCCGGGGGACCCCUCUGCCCCUGUGGGGUCUGCAGGCUUCCCAGGUUCAGCCACUCCAGCCCUGGGCCCAGGUUCCCCAAGUGAAGCCUGGCUGGAUAUAGUGGUUGUAUUGUGGUUCUGGAUCAGCUGACCUCUAUUCUAUAAGAAUUCUACUGAGUGGACAGACCUCUGGGUUUGAAUGAACUUCUGGGUUUGAAUGGACCUCUGGUUAUGAAUGGACCUCUGGUUAUGGACGGACUUCUGGUUAUGAAUGGACCUCUGGUUAUGAAUGGACCUCUGGUUAUGAAUGGACCUCUGGUUAUGGAUGGCCGUGUAGUUAUGGAUGGACAUCUGGUUAUGGAUGGACAUCUGGUUAUGAUGGGACCUCUGGUUAUGGAUGAACCUCAUGUGUUUGUGUUUAAAAAAUGGUAUGAUUAUCAUCUUUGUUAUGUCUUUGACUCACUCAGAUUUUUUAUGUUGAAUUUGUUAAAGAUGAAUCAUUGUGAACCCUUGUCCAUCAAGGUUUCAUUGGUGCCUUUUUAUGAUAUCAUGAACAAAUUCUAUUUUAUAAGAUGCGUUAUGUCUA